CCCCCAUCCCCCAUCCCUCAUCCCGGCUCCGGGACCAUCCUAGCCCGGCUCUCUUAGAUGGAGCCCAGUGAGCCGGCCCGGAGCUGCCUGCUCCCGGGGUGACGGGGCCAGAGAGGCCAAGACGGGGAACCCCCUCCCCCUUCCUCCACACCCCCCUCUCACGUCCCCGCCCCGCGGACCAUGGAUCCAGAAGCCCCCUCGGUUUUAGGAAGCUGAAGAUGACAGAUGCUGGAGCUCUCCUGCAUCAUGGCUUCCUCAAAGCUCCAAGACACGGAGGAGGUUUUUGACCUGGACUCAGUGAUCCCAGAGACAGUCAGACUGGACAGCAGCCUUCAUAAGGCCCGGGCCCAGUUGUUGGCCAAGGGCAGGCGCCACCGGCCAUCUCGAUCUCGGCUACGGGACAGUGCCAGCUCAGCUGAAGAGGGCGAUGGCCCAGAAGGGCCAGGGGUCAAGGUGACAGAUGGCUGUGGGAGCCCUCUCCACCGGCUGCGGUCGCCGCUUCAUUCGGGCCCGGGGUCUCCCCCCGGAGGGCCCUUCACCUUGGAGCCCCCAGGGCUGCGGCGGAGCCUGGACGAAGACGAGCCGCCGCCCUCACCCCGCACCCGCUACCGGCCCCUACACAAUGCGGCCUCCCACGAGGCUCUGGCUGCUGCCUCCUCGUCGCCCCCACGCUCAGCGCCCAGCUCUGACAGCUCCCCCAGCUUUGUCCGACGGCACCACCGGGCUGAGCCGCACAGCGAAGAUGACAGUCGAGAUGCCAGCCCCUCUGAACCUGCCAGUCCCACCACUGGCCUGGACAAGAAGACUCGUCGAAAAUUUUUGGAUCUGGGGGUUACCCUGCGAAGGGCAUCAACAGGCAAGAGCAGGAAGGAGAAAGGGAGCAACCGGCUGUCCAUGGGCAGCAGGGAGUCGGUGGAAGGCUCUAGCCGAACAGGUGGUUCCCCAUUCCUGCCCUUCUCCUGGUUCACAGACAGCAGCAAAGGUUCUGCUUCUUCUGGGAGCACUGUUUCCCCAGCCUGCUCCCCCAAGCAUGAAGGCUUCAGUCCCAAGAAGUCAGCUUCUCAGGAAUCUACCCUGAGUGACGAUGACUCCACACCCCCCAGCAGCAGCCCUAAGAUACUGAGCAGCUCCCGACCAGACCCCAAGUGCUCCUACCCUUACCACACACUAUCUCAGUCCUCUGAUGAGUUUCUGGAUGAGCCACUUCCAACUGCCAACCACUGGACUAGUCAACAAGUGGGCCAGUGGCUGGAGAGUCUCAACUUGGAUCAGUACACUGCUGAGUUUGCAGCGAGACAAGUGGAUGGGCAGCAGCUGCUACAACUGGAUGGGGGGAAAUUGAAGGGUGGGGAUGAUGGAAAGACUGAAAAGGACUUUGAGAUCUACUCUUGAGCCUGGGGCUCAGCAACUCCCAUGACCGGGCACUGGUGAAGCGGAAGCUGAAGGAGUUGGUGGCAGCAGCUGAGAAGGAGAGAAAGGCUCAGGAGAAGGCUGAACGGCAGCGGGAGAAACAGAAGCGCAAAGAGGCUGAGG